AUGCAUUGUGUUUUCGCUUUUCUACUCAUCCCGACGAUCAGUAUGCACAAAGAAACCGAGCGUUUAGCCCUUGUGGGUGCAGAUAAUCAUGACGCUAUUUACUCAGUCUUCGAGCCCAAAAUAAGCGGCCAGUUUCCAUUUAUCGGCCCAGAACACGACAUCUUGUCUACAAACAGCAGAAUUGGAGGGCCUGGCACGUAUGUCAAGGCAUACUGCUCCAACUCACUGGGAAUAAUUAAAAUCAUCGAGUUGCUUUCCAAUGAUCUACUUGAAAUUACAUACGACUUUUAUCGCGAUUUUGGUAUCAAAGAACGUCGGAUAGAAGAUUGUCUUAAGUGCAUCAGAAACUUUAGGAAUGAGCGACGUAUAACUUCAGCUUUAUCUUUGAUUGAUCUUAUGAAGGAGGAAUACUGCUCAGCCUCUUUGUUAGCCAAGUUAGCGUUCAGCCGCUACCUAGAUGUAUCUGGAAAAUAUAGGAGUUUUGCUCCCAGUGAUUUAUAUGGACCAAUAGAGGUGGUUGCCGAUAUGCCGAUUAAAUUGAGUAGCGUAAUGUCAUCGCGAUUCAUUUUUGGAGAGAUGCUCGGGGGUCAACAGCCGAAGGCAUUAGCUUGGUACAUGGGACAUCUACAUAUCUUUGCAAGGACUCAAAGAAUGGAAUGGACACCCCUGACGACUGUUGGUGCCGAAUCGAAAAACGGGAGGCCAAUUGUGGAUUACUUAUAUUCGCAUCUUAAUCAUUUCAAAAUAUUUAGAGCGAGUAUUCAUAAUUGGGCUGAAGGGUAUAAAGCUAGAAGGUCUAACCCACCACCGGGUGUUGAGAUUUGGGAAAUUGAUGAUGAAGAAAUGGAAAACAUCAGAGUUUUAUUCAGCAAAUUCGACUUUGGAAGGCUCCCCGUGAUGCCUGUAGAUGGCAACAUAGUAUGA